GGCCAAGGUUCAGGAAGUGGCAAGCUGGCUUUUGGAAAUGAAUCAGGAAUUGCUGUCUGUGGGCAGCAAAAGGCGACGGACAGGAGGCUCUCUGAGAGGUAACCCUUCCUCAAGCCAGGUGGAUGAGGAGCAGAUGAACCGUGUGGUGGAGGAGGAGCAGCAGCAACAGCCCCUGAGACAACAGGAGGAGGAGCACACUGCAAGGAAUGGUGAAGUUGUUGGAGCAGAACCUAGAUCUGGAGCCCAGAACGAUUCCCAGCAAGGACAAGUGGAAGAAAACAAUAAUCGGUUUAUUUCAGUGGAUGAGGACUCCUCAGGAAACCAAGAAGAGCAGGAGGAAGAUGAAGAACAUGCUGGUGAACAAGAUGAGGAGGAUGAAGAAGAGGAGGAAAUGGACCAGGAAAGUGAUGAUUUUGACCAAUCUGACGACAGUAGCAGAGAGGAUGAACAUAUACAUAGUAACAGUGUCACAAACUCCAGUAGUACUGUGGACCUGCCCAUUCACCAGCUCUCCUCCCCAUUCUAUACAAAGACAACAAAAAAAGUAUUCAUCAACCAAGAGGAGUUUUAAAAUGUCAAAACCGGGAAAAGCUACUCUAAACCAUGGCUUGGUUCCUGUUGAUCUUAAAAGUGCAAAAGAGCCUCUACCACAUCAAACUGUGAUGAAGAUAUUUAGCAUUAGCAUCAUUGCCCAAGGCCUCCCCUUUUGUCGAAGACGGAUGAAAAGAAAGUUGGACCAUGGUUCUGAGGUCCGCUCCUUUUCUUUGGGAAAGAAACCAUGCAAGGUCUCAGAAUAUACAAGUACCACUGGGCUUGUACCAUGUUCAGCAACACCAACAACUUUUGGGGACCUGAGAGCUGCCAAUGGCCAAGGGCAACAACGACGCCGGAUUACAUCUGUCCAGCCUCCCACAGGCCUCCAAGAAUGGCUGAAAAUGUUUCAGAGCUGGAGUGGACCAGAAAAAUUGCUUGCUUUAGAUGAACUCAUUGAUAGUUGUGAACCAACACAAGUGAAACAUAUGAUGCAAGUGAUAGAGCCUCAGUUUCAGAGAGACUUCAUUUCCCUGCUCCCUAAAGAGCUGGCACUUUAUGUGCUUUCAUUUCUGGAACCCAAAGACCUGCUACAAGCAGCCCAGACAUGUCGAUACUGGAGAAUUUUGGCUGAAGACAACCUUCUCUGGAGAGAGAAAUGCAAAGAAGAGGGGAUUGAUGAACCAUUGCACAUCAAGAGAAGAAAAGUAAUAAAGCCAGGUUUCAUUCACAGUCCAUGGAAAAGUGCAUACAUCAGACAGCACAGAAUCGAUACAAACUGGAGACGAGGAGAACUCAAAUCUCCUAAGGUGCUGAAAGGACAUGAUGAUCAUGUGAUCACCUGCUUACAGUUCUGUGGGAACCGGAUAGUUAGUGGUUCUGAUGACAACACUUUAAAAGUUUGGUCAGCAGUCACAGGCAAAUGUCUGAGAACAUUGGUGGGACAUACAGGUGGAGUCUGGUCGUCACAGAUGAGAGACAAUAUCAUCAUUAGUGGAUCUACAGAUCGGACUCUCAAAGUGUGGAAUGCAGAGACUGGGGAAUGUAUACACACCCUGUAUGGGCACACUUCCACUGUGCGCUGUAUGCAUCUCCAUGAGAAAAGAGUUGUCAGUGGUUCUCGAGAUGCCACUCUUAGGGUGUGGGAUAUCGAGUCAGGCCAGUGUUUACAUGUCUUGAUGGGUCAUGUAGCAGCAGUGCGCUGCGUUCAGUAUGAUGGCAGGAGGGUUGUUAGUGGAGCGUAUGAUUUCAUGGUGAAAGUAUGGGAUCCGGAGACUGAGACCUGUCUACACACGCUGCAGGGGCACACUAACAGAGUCUAUUCCUUACAGUUUGAUGGCAUCCAUGUGGUGAGUGGCUCUCUUGAUACAUCAAUCCGAGUUUGGGACGUGGAGACAGGGAAUUGCAUUCACACAUUAACAGGGCACCAGUCAUUAACAAGUGGAAUGGAACUCAAAGACAAUAUUCUUGUCUCUGGGAAUGCAGAUUCUACAGUUAAAAUCUGGGAUAUCAAAACAGGACAGUGUUUACAAACAUUGCAAGGUCCCAAUAAGCAUCAGAGUGCUGUGACCUGUUUACAGUUCAACAAGAACUUUGUAAUUACCAGCUCAGAUGAUGGAACUGUAAAACUAUGGGACUUGAAAACGGGUGAAUUUAUUCGAAACCUAGUCACAUUGGAAAGUGGGGGAAGUGGGGGAGUUGUGUGGCGGAUCAGAGCCUCCAACACAAAGCUGGUGUGUGCAGUUGGGAGUCGGAAUGGGACUGAAGAAACCAAGCUGCUGGUGCUGGACUUUGAUGUGGACAUGAAGUGAAGAGCAGAAGAGGUGAAUGUUGUCCAGAUGUGUAGAAGAUAUACUCCCUGACCUUCCCCCUACACACACACACACAAAAAAAGAAAAAAAAAGAAAAAGAAAAAAAAAGAAAAAGAAAAGAAAAAAAAAAUCCCUUGUACUCAGUGGUGCAGGGUGUUGGCUGGGGCAACAGCGUGGAAAGACCUACAGACUAAGAAGGCAAGAGGGAGAGACGACAAACGAAACUGACAAGCAGGGCCGCUGUCUCAUCACCUGGAAGGCUUCACUUUUGACUGAGGGCAGCUUUGCAAAAACGAGACUUUCUCAAUCAAACCAGGUGCAAUUACUUCUUUAUUUUCUUCUUCAGUGGUCAUUGGGCAGUGUUAACGCUGAAACACCAUUACAGAUUCUGCUAGCCUGUUCUUUUUACCACUGUCACCUAGAAUGGAGCUGCAAUAAUGUCAAAACAAAUACUGGUUGACUUUCUAAUUAGAGAGCAUCUGCAACAAAAAGUCAUUUUUCUGAAGUGGAAAAGCUAAAAAAAAAAUGAAAGGAAAAAUUACUGUGAAUUGUUUCUGUACAGUUAUCACGAAAAGCUUUUUUUGCCAACUAUUGCCAAUGUCAAUCAAUCACAGUAUUAGCCUCUGUUAAUCUAUUUACUAUUGCUUCCAUAUACACUCUUCAAUGCAUAUGUUGCUCAAAGGUGGCAAGUUGUCCUGGGUUCUGAGAGUCCUGAGAUGGAUUUAAUUCUUGAUGCUGGUGCUAGAAGUAGGUCUGCAAAUACGGGAUUGUUGGCCCACCCCUGUACUGUACUCCCAGUGGCCAAACUUAUUUAUGCUGCUAAAUGAAAGAAAGAAAAAAGCAAAUUAUUUUUUUUUAUUUUUUUUCUGCUGUGACGUUUUAGUCCCAGACUGAAUUCCAAAUUUGCUCUAGUUUGGUUACAGAAAAAAGACUUUUUGCCACUGAAACUUGAACCAUCUGUGCCUCUAAGAGGCUGAGAAUGGAAGAGUUUCAGAUAAUAAAGAGUGAAGUUUGCCUGCAAGUAAAGAAUCGAGAGUGUGUGCAAAGCUUAUUUUCUUUUAUCUGGGCAAAAAAAUUAAAACACAUUCCUUGGAACAGAGCUGUUACCGCCUGUUCUGUGGAGAAACUUUUCUUUUUGAGGACUGUGGUGAAUGGAUGAACGUACGUAAUAAAACUGACAAAAUAUUUUAAAAAUAUAUAAAACAAAAUUAAAGUUGCUGGUCAGUCUUAGCGUUUUACAGUAUUUGGGAAAACAACUGUUACAGUUUUCUUGCUCUGAGUAACUGACAAGAAAGGAGCGAUUCAGUCUCUGUAGUGAAGGCAUCACACGCAAACCAGCGCGAGGAGCAAAAGUCAGAUGGUUCGCCUCAUUCUCCAGGAGCCACAACUCAAGCUGAACUGUGAAAGUGGUUUAACACUGUAUCCUAGGCGGUCUUUUUUCCUCCUCCUGUUUAUUUUUUUUGUUUGUUUUAUUUAUAGUCUGAUUUAAAACAAUCAGAUUCAAGUUGGUUAAUUUUAGUUAUGUAACAACCUGACAUGAUGGAGGAAAACAACCUUUAAAGGGAUUGUGUCUAUGGUUUGAUUCACUUAGAAAUUUUAUUUUCUUAUAACUUAAGUGCAAUAAAAUGUGUUUUUUCAUGUUA